AUGAAAUCCUAUAAAUCCAAAUCUUCUAAAAAUUAUAAAACUUUUGAAGAAAGAAUGUUAAAUAAUAAUUUUGAUUUACAAGAAUUUCACGAAAGUAAUAAAAAUAAUAACCAUAAAAUUAAUAAUUAUGAAGUUUAUAACGAAGAAGAAUAUUUUGAAGGAGAAGAAAUUUUAGAUUCACCUUCAAACAUUUCAAAUAUUCAAGAUUCUAUUUACGAAAAAAUUAACGCUCCAAGAUAUCGUGAUUUCGAGAAUGAUGUAACUUUUGGUGAAGGGGAUUCUUGGUUUGAUCAAGGAAACACCAUCACUAUUACCAAUUUUCCCACUUUUUCAUUUAAUACUAAAAAAACAACGAAUGCAACUUCAAACUCAGUAGUAAUAUCACAAGAUAAACAAGAAGAAGAGGACAAGGGAAAAGAUGAGAAAAAUGGUAGUAACAUUAGAGAAGAUAAUUAUAAUAUUAUUACGACUAAUAUGACCACGACAACGACUACUGCGACGACCACUAAAGCAGCCGCUGCUAGGAUCAAAGUCAAUGAUAAUAAUGGUAAGGAUGAUAUAAAUGAUAAAUAUAAUAAAUUGGAUAAAUUGAAUAAAUUGGUUGAUAAACAAUUGGAAGAGAUUAAUAAUAAAUUGGAUAAAUUGAGUAAAGAGGUAGAUAAACAACUGAAUGAUAAUAAAUUGGAAGUUAAGGUAGAUGAUAAAGGGGAUCAUGAUAAUAAAGUUGAUGGUAAGAUGGAUUAUAAGUUGGAUGAUAAAAUGGAUGAUAAGGUGAAUGAUAAAACGGAUGAUAAAGUGAAUUAUAAAAUGAAUGAUAAGGUAGAUGAUGAUAAAGUUGAUGAUAAGGUGGAUGAUGAUAAAGUUGAUGAUAAGAUGGAUGAUAAUAAAUUAGAAGAUAAAAUAGAUUCGACAAAAUCGAAAUCACAAAAGUUACUUGAUACAAACAUAUUUCCAGAACCCAAUCAUCAUUCAUUAGUCCAUCAUAAUAAUAAUAUUAAUAAUAUUAAUAAUAUUAAUUCUAGAAGUAAUAUUAGAAGUUAUAGUAGAAAUAAUAGUAGACUUAAUAAAGUCACAAUUCCCGUUGAAUUCAAUUCUUUAAAAUCACAGCCAGGAAUAUCAAAGAAUCGACGUCCACAACAACAAUUUAGAAAAAAAUUUCACUAUAAAAAAGAGUUAACUGUACCUAAACCUUUUAAAUUUCAUACAACUUCACAAAGAAUUAAAAAUUUUUUGGAAAAAACUCCGGACAGAUUUAAAUCAAAACUUGUAUCUGUUAAACAACCUGCACCAUCAUCACGUAACUUAAACUAUCUUCCUCAUCCCCUUUCUAAUUCCACAAUACCUAAAUCUCCAUUUUUACGAACUAAACGAAGAGCAAAAACUAAUGCUAUCAAAAAACCAAUUGAUGAAAGACAUGAAGGACACGAGGAACAUGAGGGACACGAAGAACAUGAAGCAGUAGUAUUAGAAUCAGAAAAAAAUGAUCAAAAGAUUAAUAAAUUCAAUAAAUCAGAGAAAUCGAAAAGGUUAGAAAAGUCAGAAAAAUUGGAUAAGUCGGAUAAGUCAGAGAAACGUAAUAAAGAAAAUAAGAAUAAUCUUCGUACAAAAUUCACUAUGAAAUAUAACUCAAAAAAAUCCGGUAAACCACUUACAGAACCUGUUAGUUUCGUUUUUCAAACUGAAACACGUAUUAAAUUACGUAAAGCUCAUGACGAACAAAGAAAAGCAAACAACAAUCAUAAUAAUGAAACACUCAAAAAGGUAAAUGUGAAAAAAGAUCAACUACAACAAUUUCAACCACAAGAAUCGCGUCAUUUAAGAUUAGAAGCUAUUAAUAACGCCAAUAAUAUCAUUAACAAUGAUAAAUAA